AUGUCGUCAAACUUUGUAAAUCAGUCUAUUCUUUACAAGUUCGCUGGCGAACACAAACUCUCUUUAAUUUGCACUCCGCCUCGGCAACAUAUUCCAGGACGACGAAUCACCUUCAAGACCAUUCAGGACGAGGAAACAGCACAGGAAAUGCUGCGUGCCUCCAAAGAUGCUAAAAUCGAGGCACUUUGGCGGAUCAGACGUUUACUAGUUACCAAAAAAUCGAGGAACACGUUCAGCGACAAGGAAAUCCAUACAGAGCUGUUUACUGCUGUAAAGGUCGGGACUAAUCCAGGGCUUGUUGAGGUUCUUCGAGAUCUUCUGAUAGAAGCUGGUGGCGACUUGAAUUUUACACAACGAGAACGCAAGAUCAUUUGGAAAUGUAUGGGUAGACAGCCGGCAGUUCGCAGCAAUUAUCUUUCUACUGCCGCAGCGGACACGAAAGUGGAUUUGGUACAGAUUCUGGCACCUUUCUCGGAUCAGAUUAGCCUCGACGACUCUCUCGAUAUAGCACUCCAAGCUCAAACCUAUGGCAGAGAACUGCUGAUUCCCGAAUAUGUGCUUGCAUACGGCGCCGACGCCAGCUAUCAAGAUGGAGCGCUUGCUGCCGCAAUCAAAAGCCGCGAUGUCGAGAUGAUCAAUUUACUGAUUAAUGCGAAGAAACCAAUGUCCCGAGACGGUAUCAGCGAGCGUCUUUUUUCUACUGUCAAGCUUGGCUAUCUGGACGUUCUCAUUCUUCUGAUCAGCGCUGGUGCGGACGCUAAUGGAGCAGAUGGGAAGGGAGAUGCCGUUAAAGAAGCUAUAAGGACUGGAAGGAAGGAUUUGCUUGUGGCACUGACCUUGUGUGUAACGAAACCAUCUCGACAAGUUCUGGAUGAAGGGAUGAGGAUUACUUUUGCUUUUGGAAUAAAUGUCCCAUCUGCGCAAAGGUCUUUGAUGGAAGUCCUCCUCGAUAGCGGCGCCGCAGGGCCCUGCACAGAUGCUUGUCUGAUAACAAUUACGAUGGAGUUGGUUACAACCUCAUCCUCAGACUCGGUCCUUAUCAGCAUGCUAGAAUUGCUCAUAAGUUACGGUGCAUCAAUUAACGCCCAAGGCUCAGCAGCCCUGAAAGCAGUCGUCUCAAAUACUCGUCUGGACUUAGCGUCGAUACUCUUACGCGCACCCAUACUUGACGAGACUCUGGCGUCUGAAGCAUUUGGUGAGAUCGACCCCAAUGCUACACCCAAGCAACGAUUGGACCUUGCUUCCCAAUUGAUAGACAGAGGUGCUCAAGGGUCUCGAGUUCAUGAGGCCCUUGUAUCUGCAGUCAGGGACGAUGAUUUCCAGGCGAUCAAGAUGCUAGUGCUGCGAAACAACGCAAAUAAGGCAUCCGUCGACUACCGCAAUGCGCUCGCUCUGCAAGACGCCGUCUCUCGAGAGCAACUGCCAAUAGUAGGAAUCUUACUGGAAGCGAGCCCGACAAUAGAAUCCUUGGCAUAUGCCUUCCCUCAUAUCCGGAAGACCUCUAAAGAAGGUCGAAUAGUCCUAACUCAGGCAUUUCUCAACGGUGGAGCAAAGGGUGUUGAAGUUGAUCGAGCACUAGCAAUGGCUAUUGAGGACAAGAGUCCGAUGCGCGAUGAGCGACUGCUCCGGAUGUUGGUUGAGAACGGUGCGGCAGUAGACACACACGUUGAACACGCCGUUCAAAAGGGUGACACCGAUCUACUGGCCAUACUUAUUGUAGGUGGCCCAUCGGUAGAAGUCACGUCACGAGCUCUCCAAAGCGCAGUCAAAUUUGACGAUGAAAACCAAAGGAUGCGGCUUCUUUACCUUCUGUUGGACGCAAAAGCUGAUGUAAAUUACGACAACGGCUACGUUGUCUUUCAAGCCGUAGAUUCUGUCGACGUUCCAGCUCUCACUAUGCUUCUCCAAUGCCUACCACAGCCGCAAUCACUUGAUGCGGCUUUUGCUGCCGCCAUUUCUACUACUGAUAUUUCGGAGUGCUGCGAGUUGUGCUUGCAUCUCCUGGGUGCAGGUGCUUCUGGUAUUGAAGUUGACAAAGCUUUAGGGAUUGCAGUGGCCGAGAAGCCGGAAAGUCUGGAAUUGCUCAAAAUUGUCUUACCUGCUGCAGAUCCAAACUUCGACGGUGGCCGAGCGCUAUGUAUUGCCAUUCAACAAAGGCUUUCGGAGCAUGCGGUAAUGAUAACUGGCAGGGAUCUUGCUCCUCUGACCUAUCGAAACGCAUUUGAUGCUGCUUUUUCACUGAAAGACGAGCGGUCACAACUCAGAUACUGCCAGAUCAUGCUCAAUACGAAUCCUAGUAAUGAGGUGACAGACAAUGCUUUGUUGAUGGCAGUAAUCGCCCAACAAUUCAAGAGCGCUUCACUUCUCUUACAAUAUGGAGCGUCUGUGGAUCACGAUAAUGGUGCGGUUCUCAGGUCGGCUAUCGCAUCAACAAAUUCGCGGAUACUUCAUUUGCUGUUGAAAAAGACAAUGAAGAAACCUCUCCCUGAGACACUGGACUCGGCGCUUGGAGCCUGUCUCAGUAUCCAAAAUGGUCCUACGAAGCAAGAACUUCUGGAAAUAACCCUACAUGCGGGGGUGAGGAUCGAAUUUCUUAGCAAUGCCCUUAUUGGACUUGUGCAGGUGAAACAGCCGGACUGCCCAAGUGUCGAAGCCCUACUCAAGUACGGGGCAUCUGUUUAUCACAACGAGAACGCAAGUUUGGCCAUCUCUGCAAGGAUGUGCCAUUUCGAUGUCUUAAGAGCACUUCUCAGCUGUGCGAAUGACAACUCAGCAGUCACUCAGGUCUUUGCCGAUAGACUACAAGACGACGUCUUUUGGGCGACAUCUCAAGGAUUACAAAUCAUGGAGCUUCUGCUUAAGAAUGGCGCGAGCGGAAGAAUAGUGGACGAAGCAUUAAUAAUUGCGGUUGCUAAUAACCAGAGAGAACCCCUAACACUAGACUUCGUGAAGAUCUUGCUUGAUAGCGGUGCUGAUGUCAAUCAUAAGCAAGGCAUUGCACUGACACAGUCUGUUCGAACAGGAUCUGUCGAACUGAUGAAGGAGAUUUUGAAGAGACGGUGUACUAGCGAGACUCUGGCUCUCGCUUUUCCAUAUAUUCUUGACUUGACGCUGGGUGCGCCUGCUAUAAUUGAGCUUAUGGAUGCUUUUGCCCAACACCCUAAUCAAAAGUUCAGGAAGCCAUUUGCACAUCCACUCAUUCCGCUUCCGGUGGUUACAUAUUGUAUGACAAAGUUUCCCAAGAACCUAAGCAUCCUUAUUGCUGUUCUUGAUGCUGGUUUCCCGGUCGAUGACAAGAAAGGCUGCAAGGUCGCGUGCGCAAAUUUCCUGGUGGAAGUUACUCCUUUGUAUUGGGCACUCGCAGAUUCGACCAAGGCUGUGGAUGAUUCGAUCAUUGCACAUCUGCUUAAAUGGGAUGCUUCUAUCGAAGGACACCCGGAGCCGCUGUUACAUGUUGCCAUUAGGACCCAACGGUUGCUAGUAUUACUAUGCCUGGUUCAGGCCGGGGUUAAUCUCGAUUAUACCGAUAAUCAAGGCCGAACAGCGUUGGAAUAUGCAAUUGAGAUUGGAGAUGUGACAAGCAUGUCAAUCUUGAUCAACUUUAGUUGUGAAGUCGCAGAAGAUGCACUCCACAUUGCAGCGCGGUCCCUCAAUGCGGAUGCCACAGUUCUACUGAUGAAACAAGGACAUGAUCCCAGCAAACCUUCAGUCGAACAUCAGGGGAGGAGUCCCCUAGCUGAGCUACUCGUCUCAGCACCGUUCUAUGCGCAGAACUCCAGUCCACAGAAAAUAGAAAAGGAGGCGAGAAAGACGAUUCAAGCACUCAUCAACGGAGGUGCCAGAACACAAACUCGAUUCCCUAAUUCUCCCAACGGCAGAUCACUGCUUCUUCACGCCCUCGAUAGUACUGAGCCAUACAUGAUGACGAAGAUCUUCUUAGAUUGCGGUCAGUUCCAUCACAUCAAUGCCGAUUGCAAUCUUUAUACGGAUAAUGGGUACACAUACUCCCCCACAAUGUAUGUCGCCAAGGGGAUUUGCAGAUCAAAUCCAGCAUCCCAAGGUCAACUCGUCAGCCUGCUAAAGCAAUAUGGCGCAACUGAUCGCUAUUGGCGAAAUCGUGGAGAACAACCGGCAGAUAUGAUCAAUCCUCCGGCAUCAAUUCAGCGUGCUGAGGCUAUGCAGUCCGAGGUCAACCACAAGCUUCAUCUUCAAGAUCGAGAACACGCAUUCACGAAGUCGCAAAUCGAGGAAAAUCGCCAUCUCAAGCUUGAAUUCCUUCACAACACAGCUCAACUAUCUCAAUCGGCCCUCGACCAGAGGAUCGCUGCUGAGCUUUACCAAGCGAGGACGAUAGGGCAGAUCCAAAUAGAUCUGUCGAAACAACACCUCAACCUCAGCCAUGAACGGAAUAUGCAGGCGUUAGGUUAUGAAGAUGGGAUGCACGAUCGGAGGGAGCGUCACCAGGACGCGAAUCGUAGAUGGCGGACUCAUGAGUUGGAAGCGGGAAAUGCAUACCUCGAAGCUAAAGAACGAUAUGUUGAAAAGAAGACUGGUCUCAUUGAUCGCCAAAUUGAGCUUGGGAUGGAGACAAGAAGAGUCGCGGAUAAGGCAAUGGGAUAUAAUAAUUGGCAGCAGUCUGGUGGUGCUGGAGGGAGAAGGAUUUUGGGCGAGAAGUCUAUGAAUUAUGGGCAAGGUCAGAUAAUCGACAUCCCUAGACGCGUUGCGGGACGGCCGGAGCAAUUGAGGAUUACUGAGAUGUAA